AGAGCCCCACCUUUUUAGUGAAGCAGACAUAUGGGUUGUAGUUAAUAAUUUCUUGUCCCACAAGCAACGACACAUCCACACUGGCAGACAGUAGCAACCUGCACCUCAUUGCUAUAAAACCGUAUCCAUUCAAGAGGACCAGCCAUGUUAUGUGGGUUAUCCUUCGUGCUCCUGGCUCUAUUGGGUUUGGUGGACCCCCGUCCAGACCUACCAGCGGACAAGGACUUGUUCUGGGGAGCGGACCAGUAUGACUUUGCUGUCGUGCUGCGUGCCUCCGGACUGGAGUGCUUCUGGCACUUUGCACACCAAGGGGAGCGCUUCUACUUGACUUUUAUGGUCCAGUGGGUGACUGGUGUCGGCAACGACAGACACUUAUCCGUCACUGUCAACUCUCCUAAAGGCUUGCUGUUGUCCAAAAUUGACGAAGCUACGGGUCAGAUCAACUUUGUAGCUGAGGAGACCGGUUUCUAUCAAAUGUGCUUCAGCAACUUCCACAACCGAUUUGGCAGCAUGCAGGUCUUCCUCAACUUUGGGGUGUACUACGACGGUUCUGAUGACCAACGGAAACAGAAGGAGGAGGAGGAGAAGAAAGUCCAAAAAGACCUGAACAACACUCUGUCCACCAUAGAGGAGACGUCCCAUCGCGUGGAGGGCUACGUCUUCCACAUGUUUCGACAUUACAACUUUGGCCGCAUGCGGAAAGGCGCCGACUACUACCUCCUCCUCUCCAACUCUAAAUACAUCACCUGGUGGUCUGCGGUCCAGAGUGUGGUCAUCGUCAUGGCGGGCUACCUGCAACUCUUCUUCCUCAAGAGGCUCUUCAACACCAAGCCCACUACAGAAGCACCAGAGAGAACUCGCUGCUGAGUCCCUGGGUGCUUUUAGUAUUCAGUGCCCUCAUGUGCCCUGGUUGGGAUGAAUUCCAUUUGAAUUCAGUCAACCAGAAACGACGCCGUCAACAAUUUAAGGCCGGGAUUCAAUCCGAUCGCCCCUUUUCGGCUAUGCACCUUUUAAAGGCAAUGUUCCUGCAUUUGUGGAGACUGCGUUCACGGUAAAUGCUGCAUAUGUUGGCUCAAUCUCUAAUGACCUUUGAAUUUCUCGUGCGCUGUUACACGGAUCUACCACUGAUCGGAUCAAAUCACAGCCUUAAAUUCCAUUACAUUGAUUGAAUUCAGAUGAAAUUGACCCCGACCCUGUUGUUAAUGUAAGUGUUACUAAUGGGAUCUGCUCCCUACGUGUCUAUGUUGGAUUUGAUUAAAGUCGCACACCUUUUGACAAAUGUUGUCAUUCCAGUGCAUAUAUUUGA